AUGGGGGAGGCGAAGUCUGUCGAUGGCGGAGAAUCAUCAAAACGGGCGACAGGCAAUGUUGUGGCGCCUUUGCAGUUCAAUCAGGUCUCCGAGUCCAUCGGAGUCAGCGCGCAGCAGAUGUUUUUAGGUACCACAUCCAAGGUUUAUGUUUUGGACAAGACGGAACACAACCCUGUCAACAUCACCAACGAGUGGGGGACACAUCCCGCUUGGUCUGUCGAAUACGACAUAACAACCAAUGACUACCGUACCCUGGAUGUUUGGUCCAACACAUUUUGUGCCGGAGGUGGUGUCUUAGGCAACGGCAGUUGGGUUGUAUUCGGUGGGAAUCAACCCGUCACAGUCGGAGGGGCGGCCUCGAAUGGAGUCGCUGGAGACUAUGACGACACGGAUGGAGGAACAGCCAUUCGCAUGAUCGAUCCUUGUAGUGACAUGACUUGCGAAUGGCAGCAAGGCUACACCAACUAUUCCAAUCAUGGUGACUCUGGCGGAUACCUGAGAAUGUUGUCGCGUCGCUGGUAUCCUACCGUUGAGGCCUUGGAGGACGGGACCAUGAUCGUCAUCGGGGGAGACCAAUGGGGUGGUUAUGUCAAUGGCGCCAAUCAGGACAACCCCACUUACGAAUUCUUCCCUCGAAACGGAAGCGACGAGACAUACUACCUCCCUUUCCUGGCGGAGACUCUGCCUACCAAUUUAUUCCCCCUCACCUGGCUCAUGCCAUCCGGAAGGCUUUUCAUGCAAGCUGCCAGGUCCUCCAUCAUGUACGACUGGAGAAGCAAUACCACCACCCAAUUACCGGACAUGCCGUACGCGACACGAGUUUAUCCUGCAUCCGCUGCGUCUGCAUUGCUACCUCUCAUUCCGGACAACGAUUACACACCUACGGUGCUCUUCUGUGGUGGGUCCAACCCGCCCACCUUUGGCGCGUCGACUGGACCAGGUUUCAACAUCACCAACGUCACGGCCGACAACUCGUGUGUUCGCAUAAACCCAGAUGAUCCAAACCCAACUUACACUGAUGAUGACUUCUUGUUUGAGGGCCGAAGUAUGGGAGAGUUUGUUCACUUGCCUGACGGGACUAUCUGGAUGGGCAAUGGUGUGGGCAUGGGUACCGCCGGGUACGGCCCUCCUUUCUACUCAAUUGGACAGGGCUACGGCCAAGCUCCAACAUACAUGCCAGCAAUCUACAACCAUUCCGCCCCUCAAGGCUCCAGAUGGAACAGAACAGGACUGGUGGCCUCCAGCAACGAGCGAAUGUACCAUUCAUCCGCCAUCCUCUUGCCGGAUUCGUCCGUCCUCAUCUCUGGUUCUAAUCCCAAUGCCGACUUCUCCGACCUGCAAUGGCGCUCUCGUACCGACGCCGAGCUCUGGUAUCCAUGGUACUUCAACGAGCCUCGACCCUCUUUCGGUGAUGAUCUGCCAACGACCCUGGGCUAUGGAGGAGACUACUGGAAUGUGACCUUGAACACUACUGACGAGGGUGAGGUCUCAACUGCAAAAGUGGCUGUCCUUCGGGGAGGAUUCCACACCCACGCUAUCGGGUUUGGAAUGCGAUACCUUCAGCUCAACUCUACCUACACCAUCGAUGAAGAGAGUGGAACGUCGACGCUCCAUGUCUCCCAGUUCCCUGGCUUCCCUGGACCCGCACUUUACCAACCUGGUCCGGCCAUGAUCUUCCUAGUCGUCAACGGUGUGCCGUCCAUUGGAGAAUUUAUCAUGGUCGGAAACGGGCAAUUGGGUGUCCAGCCCACGGCGCCUGAUGCAGAGCUCCCCGCUAUCUCAACCAUUGAGAUUCAGAACACCACAAGCAGUGCAAACGACACGACCAGCUCGGAGUCAGCGUCAUCCAGCAGCCACAUUCACGUAGACAAAUCUUCUGCUUCUCUCUCUAUUAUGCCGCGUACCAGUCACGCAUGUGUAGCUGUAUUAAUCGGUCUGGCGACCUGGGCUGUGCUCUAG